GACUGUGACCGCCCUGGCGUUGUCGUACCGUCUGCCAUUUUGAUCAGAAGCACUUUGGCGCAGUAGAUGAGUUAAAGUAGCUCCUCUGGAUUACACGCAGUGAACUCCACGGAGCCCACACCGUUCGGGGCAACAUGCUGUCCGCAGCCCAGUUACUCGAUGAGUUGAUGGGCCGAGAUAGAAACUUGGCCCCGGACGAAAAACGGUCCAACGUGCGAUGGGACGACGAGAGCGUCUGUCGAUACUAUCUAUGUGGAUUCUGUCCAGCUGAGCUGUUCACAAACACUCGCUCAGAUCUGGGUCCCUGUGAGAAAAUCCACGACGAGAAUCUCAGAAAAAUGUAUGAGAAAAGCUCCCGGUUCAUGAAAGAAGGCUAUGAGCGGGACUUCCUGCGCUACCUGCAGUCCCUCCUGGCAGAGGUGGAGCGGCGAAUUCGCCGAGGACACGCCCGCCUCGCACUGUCUCAAGCUCAGCAGAAUGCAGGGCAAGGUCCUGGUCCGUCAGGAAAGAAUGAAGAAAAGGCAUCGGUUCUCACAGAGAAGAUUGAAGACCUGGUUGUGCAGAUUGAAGAGCUGGGAUCGGAGGGCCGAGUGGAGGAGGCUCAGGGGAUGAUGAAGCUGGUGGAGCAGCUGAAGGAGGAGAGGGAGCUGCUCAGCUCCACCCCCUCAACCAUCGAGAGCUUUGCCGCCCAGGAGAAGCAGAUGGAGGUGUGCGAAGUGUGCGGGGCCUUCCUCAUCGUCGGUGACGCGCAGUCCCGAGUGGACGACCACUUGAUGGGCAAGCAGCACAUGGGCUACGCCAAGAUCAAAUCCACUGUAGAAGAGCUCAAGGAAAAAUUGCGCCGUCGCUCUGAAGACCCUCAAGGCGAAACGCCCGCCAUCAAGCGUGACCGGGAAGACCGCGAGCGCGAGAGGGAGGAACGGGAGAAGAAACGCAAAGAGGAGGAAGAGAAGGAGAAGGAGCGCGAGAAGGAACGAGAAAAGGAGCGGGAGCGAGAACGGGAACGUGAGCGGGAGAGAGACAGGGAGCGGGACAGAGAGCGAGAGCGGGACCGGGAAAGGGAUCGGGAUCGGGAUCGAGACAGGGACCGGGAUCGAGACCGCGACAGGGACCGGGACCGGGACCGGGACCGGAGGGGUCGCCGGAGCCACUCCAACAGCCGCCACUCCAGCCGAGCGUCAGACAGGAAACGAAGCAGAUCCCGCGAUCGCCGGAGGUCCAGGAGCCGAGACAAAGACAGAGACCGCAAGCGCAGCAGGAGCCGGGACCGGGACCGGGAGAGGAAGCGCAGCCGGGACCGCUCCGAUAGAAAACGCCGCUCCCGCAGCCGGGACAGGAGGAGGUCGCGCAGCUCAGAGCGCAAAUCUCACCGCCAUCGCAGCCGCAGCCGCAGCAGGGACAGGGACAGAGACAGAGACAAGGACAGAGACAGAGAGCGGUCAUCCAAAGACAAAGACCGUAAGACGACAGAGGAGAGGAGCAGCUCGAAGAAAGACAAGCACUCUGACGGCGAUGCGGCAGCCAUCAAGGCUUCGUCAGAAGUGGAAGCGAUGCAGACGGAGGCGGCUGCCUCCUCCCCUCUGCUUAACGGCCAGCAAGAGCUCCUCCAUUCUGAAGGUGACACUCAGUCCAAUUAAAACUGAUCUGAUAGGACCUCAGAUCAGGCUCAGGUAAGUGCGUCCUCCUCCUCACUCCCCCCUGGCUCCCAACCCGAACCCUCCCCCCCACCCCUCCCCCCCCCCCCCUCCCCCCCCCCCCCCCCCUCCUCCUCCUGUCCCAGCCUGUUUACGUUUCAGUUCAAUGCCUAUAAUUUUGUCCAAUGUGCUGUAAGCAAAUAUCUUUAUCCUGUUUUUGAAUAGUGCAUCAUAAGUAUGCACUGAAGAUGAAGGACUAGGCCCGAUGAAUGAGAAGAAGGUAGAAAACAUUCACACAAAGCCAAGAGGGAAAGGCCAGUGUAGCCCUGAGGUACCCCUCGUUUUGUAUCGGUCUUUGAUCCUUAUAGAUGUUUAUUUGUCUUUGUGGACAAACUGGCAGAAUUAAAAAAAAAAAAAAAAAAAAAGCAAAACAUUUACUUACGAAUUUUCUGCCUUGUUGUUUUUUUUAUUUUCUUUUUUCAGUGUCAAUAAGUAAAUUGUGAUAAUUGCUGAGAUAUGAAAUUCCGUACAGGAAUGUAGUUAAGUCACUAUGUGUCUAUACUUCUUGAGGUUUUCUCCUUAUUCUAUGCAAACACACGAACAUACAUUUAGUCUUUUUCUUUUUUCUUUCCUUUCCCCCCCCCUCUUAACUCAAAAUGCAAUAGGUGUGUGUGUCCAGCUGACUUACUGUGCCUGAUAAUGCCAUGCAAGUGUGUGUUUUGGGGGCGGGAGGGGGGCGGGGGUGGGGGUGUCACAGCUCCGGCGGGGCCUAACGUAACUAACUAACUGGAGGGGUAGGGUUUAUCGAAUGAAUUGCAGCUGACUUCCAUACCUCACACAGCGUUGGUGUUGUGAGCGAGACCACAUGAGCAAAAGGGCAAAUUAAAAAUCAUGGAUACUCUGACUGUCAAACUGUGCAGGUACUCACCCCAGGUACUCCUUUCUCUACCCACAUCAUUUCUGAAUGCUGUUGCCUGUCAGAAAAUGAGGAAACGAGUUGAAAGCUUGAUUGUCUGAAUAUACAUUUCUAUUCAAAACUGCUUCCUUUAGUCUGAUGUUGAUUUGUAAAUGUCUGUUGGGGGAAAAAACCGUGUUAAGUUUUGAUGGGGAUUUGAGAGACACUCGUCUGGAAUGCCGGAUAUGCUCGUGCCAGCAGCUGCAAUUGUUACUGACGCGUCGGGCGCUGUUUAUAAGUCGGCGGCGUGAAGGAUGCUUGUGAUUUUCGAACGGCGAUCGGACACGCCGCCGCAACACGUCACGUACGCUUCGGCUCUGGCAUCGGGGAUACCGGCAGACCGCAGCAAACCACUGUGGCGUGACUCAAAAGAGAAUUUCAAGUUAUUCAGGCGAAACGCCACGAAGACUUGAAAACAUCAAUUGGAGCUCGCAGAUUCGUAGCCUUGUCCGUGUCUCUGCCGUUAACGAUCCACACCUUCCUCCGUGACUUGAUUUUUGACACGUUAGACGUCCUGUUGCUCAUGCCGCGGCGCGUUUAGCGGGGCCUUUGCUAACGGGGCACUCUGUGGCCGUUUCUGCUCCACAGGGGAAGCUGGGCAAUCCGGUGGAGGAAGAAGCUGAAGAGCACAGCCAACCUUACCCCGAACCUGACACGUCGCUGCUUAAAAACAAGGUGAACCACAAAAUGCGUAGUGGCUUAUUUAAAAUAAACCCCCAAAACCUAAAGUACACGUGGAAAUGUGGAGAGAGGAAAA